AUGGGGAGAGAGGAACAAGCUGAGGAACGAGAAGUUCUGGAUAGCAUCUUCCCUGACGAGAUUCAAGAUAUCUCGGAACAUGAAUUUCGUAUAUCAGUGUUGCUGGAUAUCACGAGCGACGACGGGGAUGACGCGGAGCCGCCAACAAUCCUCCUUCAAGUAAAGUACCCAGAUGCCUAUCCAGACGAGCCUCCUGUGCUUGAUAUUCUCGCCCCCCCAAACGCACCCACGCAUUCAUUCUUUAGUGUAAAUGGAGACCGACAACUGUUACUCGAAUCGCUCACAGAGGCAGUCCAAGAAAACAUCGGCAUGCAAAUGAUAUUUACGCUGCAUAGCACCUUGAAAGAGAAUGCCGAACAAAUCAUUGGAGAGCGUCAGGAAGCUGCGAGGAAUGUUCAAGAACAGAAACUUCUCGCUAUUGAGGCUGAGGAGAACAAGAAAUUCCAUGGAACACCGGUGACAGUUGAAACAUUCGGCCCGUGGAGGGAUCAAUUCAUGCGGGAGAUGGAGGAAGAGAAAAUGAAGGCCGAGGAGGAUGAAGCUGCCGCGGAAAAGAAGCGAAAUAGGGGAAAGGAAGCAGUAGUAUUGUUGACUGGACGGCAAUUGUGGGAGAGAGGCUUAGCUGGAAAGGUCGAGGAAGAAGAAGACGAUGAUGAAGACGAGAGAAAGGCAGUGAUGGAGGGAGUCGAAAAGAUGAAGGUAUGA